AGACACGAGUAAACAAGCAUAUUAAUGGAUCGAGUUCGGAUCCUAUGAAUCUAUAUUACCGGGUCAAAAUCUCCAGCAAACCUAAAAACCCCGGUCACUGCCUCACUGGAGUAAGCUGAAACGUCUUUCGUGCAUCGUAUUUGGUAAUCAAUCGCUCUUCCUUCCCAUCCUCAUCCAGCUUUUGAUCAAGUUUUUAUGUAAUUCAUUGGUAAAUUUUAUGGAUUCGACUUCAAAAAAAUUAGCGAAUAUUUGUGCGGUAGAUAGAAUCAGUGAUUUACCUGACUCACUCCUCAUCGCUAUACUUGCAUUGCUUCCAAUUAAACCUGCUGUACGCACUUGUAUCUUGUCGAAAAAAUGGAGGCCUCUCUGCGAGUCACUCCCGAAUCUUGAUUUUGUUGAUGUUAGCAAUUCAGGCAUAAAUUUCACCAACUUUGUUGAUAGGUUUUUGAUGCGUAGGCCGAAUAACUUGAAAAUCGCUAAAUUCCGGUUAAAUUGUUAUCGUGGAGACUACUACCGGGACCGCGUUAAUGAGUGGAUUAUAAAUGCGCUUGGACGUGAUUUGAAAGAGAUAAACCUUUGUCUUUCGUUUCGAGACUUGUAUAAUUUGGUCCAAGAUUUUUUUUACAUGUCUGCUAGUGUUGAAGUUGUUCGACUCAGUGGGAAAAUAUCAGUUGAGAUUCCGGAGAAUGUUACGCUUCCGAGGCUUCGGCUGCUUAGAUUCGACAGAGUUAUGAUUUCGAGCUGUGAGUCAGUUGGGAAGCUUUUGUUAAACUGUCCUGUGCUUGAAGAUUUGGAAAUUGUCCACUGUGAAUGGCUUACGGGCAACUCUUUCAAUAUUUGUGGAUCUGUAUUGAAGAGGUUGUCAUAUUAUCUUGGUUCAGAUGAUGCAGAAUUUGUGAUUCGGACUAUGAUUGAUACACCGAGAUUAGAGAAUCUCCAAAUUUGUUCUUACGCAGGCGGUGAUAAUGAUAUUUUGUUCAAGGAGAACUUGCCAUUCCUCAAGAUAGCUGUAAUCGACAUCUUUGAUGAUGAGAUGCCACAAGGAGUUUAUUACGUGUUAGGGGUGCUUAAAAAGAUUAAUCAUGUCAAAUUUUUGACUUUGUCAGAUAACACUGUGGAGAUCCUCAGCCUGGCAUAUGAUAAUGAGUUAAGAUCAGGUCAUUAUGAGUUUCCUCCAUUUCAUAACUUGACUGAGUUGGUAAUUGAUGUUGACGAUUUUUUUCACAAAACUUUACUGGAUGACUUCCUUCAAAGCUCACCGAACCUUGAAAGUCUUCAAUUUCCGCAGGGUCUUGGUUGUAGUUCCCUUCAUGAAUCUUUUCGCGGCUCAUGGGCCUGGUCACAAGCACGUGUUCCAGAAUGCUUAUCCACACAUCUUAAAACAGUAUAUAUUAGAACAUUCGGCGAAGUAGAUGAGGUAUUGGCAUUUGUUAAAUGCCUGCUAGCUUAUGGGAGUGCUUUGCGAAAUGUAUCAGUUGAAAUUUCAAAUUUGUCAAAAGAUGCAAACGCCCGGCACGAACUGUUAAACUUACAGAGUGAAUCAACAAGUUGCAAGCUUAAUAUUAUAGGAUGAAAAUGAGACAUGCUAUUUGUAAUCACAAAAUGUAUGAGGUACAUUUUCUGUAAUAAGCUCUGUUUUUCUUCUAGUUUUUAUUAGUUUUUGCUACAAUGUUUUUUUCCCCAGCAUUGUUAUUUUUGCGUUUCACUGUGGCAUGAAAUAUUAACAAGAUGCAUUGUUUAAGAAUGAUAGUUUAUUGGUUGUGUAA